ACUCUCUGGGAAGACAAUACCUGAAUUAAAGGAUUUAGCGAAUCGAAAUCCAUCUAUACACAUUUUGGAGAUUGACUUGAAUAACUUUGAAAGCUAUGCAAAUUUGGUAAGUCGUAUCGGUGAAGUUGUUAAGGAAAAAGGACUUAAUGUACUGUUCAACAAUGCUGGCGUUGCUCCCAAAUCUACUCGGAUAACCACAAUAAAACUAGAGGAUCUGAUGCAGACUUUACAAACCAAUACUGUUGUGCCUAUAAUGUUGUCGAAGGCUUGCCUUCCUCUACUAAAACAAGCGGCGGCGGCGGCGACAAAUGGAGAGCAGGAAAUGGGUGUCAAACGGGCUGCUAUUAUCAAUAUGAGUUCCAUUCUUGGCUCGAUCGAGGCUAACACAGACGGUGCCAUGUACGCAUAUCGUACUUCGAAGGCGGCUUUGAAUGCUGCGACCAAGUCAAUGAGCAUAGAUCUUUUCCAAAACAAAAUUCUUUGCGUAUGUUUACAUCCUGGAUGGGUACGUACUGAUAUGGGCGGAUCCAAUGCACCUCUCGACGUGGAUACAAGCUCAAGCAAAAUAAUCGAAACGCUGUUCAAAUUUAAUGGUUCAAAUAAUGGUGGAUUUUAUCAAUAUGAUGGAAAAAAAUUGCCUUGGUAGAAGCUGUGUUCGUUAAAUUUUUAAUUGUUGGAAUUGUUGAUGAAAUAUAUUUUUGUUGAAAAAAAUCUACACACAUAUAUUUAUGUACAUAAAUACAAUAUAUACAUAUAUGUAUG